CCUCGGACUCAUCUGUAAUACCAACUAAACCCGUCCCGAGACCUCACCUGAGCUAACCCCCUCUUCGAUUCUUCUCCCCGGCGGCGGCGGCGGCGACGAUGGGCGGCGAGGGCAAGUCGAGGAAGCGGCGCUCGUCACCCUCGUCAGGGGAGGAGGAGGAGAGGGAGCGGAAGAAGAGGAGGGACAAGAAGGAGAGCAGGAGGAGCAGCCGAGACGAACAAGCCGAGGAGGAGGAGGAGGAGGAGAGGCGCAGGAGGAAGAAGAAGAAGCAUGGCGACAGGGGCAAAGACAAAGAGAGGGAUUCAAAGGAGAAGCAUUCCAAGGAGAAGGAGAAGAGCAAGCGAAAGCACAAGGAUGAUGAUUUCAAAGAAAUAUCCAAAGAUGACUAUUUCGCAAAGAACAAUGAGUUCGCAACCUGGUUGAAGGAAGAAAAAGGCAAAUUUUUCUCUGAUCUUUCUUCGGAGUCUGCUCGUGAUCUGUUCGAGAAGUUUGUGAAAACUUGGAACAAAGGAAAGCUUCCAUCCCAAUAUUAUGAGGGGAUCACUCGUGGUCCACGGUCAGCACACAAGUGGAACAUCAAAGUGUGAUGCAACCUGAGGCCUUCUGUAUUUUGUUGAGGACAUUGUUCUGUCAGGCUAAGGGUAGUAUUUAUCUUCAUCGCCUAGGUUUUUGUAUCUAAAUUCAUAUAUAUUAGUUCUGUAUCACUGUUCACUAAUGUUGCUGACCAUCACUUAAGUUUGACAUAUACUUAUAGUGAUAAAAGUAUCUACUGUUUUUGUCCCAUAUGUUGUUAUUCUCGUGGUGAUUUUACA